UCCUGGCCAAUGGAGGCGAUUUAGACUGGAGCAGGACCGCGUCUGUCAAAAGCCCGACUCCGCAGCAGCGGCAGAGUCCAGGAGGAGAGCUGGAGCAGCCGCACUGCCUCCCCGCCCCCGCCGGGAUUUAUUGAGUAUUUGGACUGGACAAUUAAGUGGCCCCGAUGAUGUUACCAAGCCCGGUCACCUCCACCCCUUUCUCAGUCAAAGACAUUCUGAAUCUGGAACAGCAGCAGCACUUCCACGGCGCCCACUUGCAAGCGGACUUGGAGCACCCUUUCCACUCGGCGCCUUGUAUGCUGGCCGCAACCGAGGGGACACAGUUUUCUGAUGGAGGGGAGGAGGACGAGGAAGAAGAGGGCGAGAAACUGUCGUAUUUGAACUCAUUAGCCGCAGCCGAUGGCCACGGAGAUUCGGGUCUCUGUCCCCAGAGCUAUGUCCACACGGUCCUGCGAGACUCAUGCAGCGGGCCCAAACAGCAUGAAGAGGAGGUCGUGAGGGAUCGGAGCCAAAAAAGCUGCCAGCUGAAGAAGCCCCUAGAGACAGCUGGAGAUGGGAAGGCUGCGGAGGACGGCGAGAGGCCCAAGCCGCGCAGCCGCCGGAAGCCCCGGGUCCUCUUCUCGCAAGCCCAGGUCUUUGAGCUGGAGCGCAGGUUCAAGCAGCAGCGGUACCUGUCCGCGCCCGAGCGCGAGCACCUCGCCAGCAGCCUGAAACUCACGUCAACGCAAGUGAAAAUCUGGUUCCAGAAUCGCCGGUACAAGUGCAAGAGACAGCGGCAGGACAAAUCACUGGAGCUGGGCGCGCACGCCCCGCCGCCGCCGCCUCGCCGCGUGGCGGUCCCGGUGCUGGUGCGGGACGGCAAACCGUGCGUGGCGCCCGGAGCGCAGGCCUACGGCGCGCCCUACAGUGUGGGCGCCGGCGCUUACUCCUACAACAGCUUCCCGGCCUACGGCUACGGGAACUCUGCCGCCGCUGCGGCCGCCGCGGCCGCCGCCGCCGCCGCCGCGGCCUAUAGCGGAAGCUACGGCUGCGCGUACCCCCCUGGCGGAGGCGGGGGGUCCUCCGCGGCCGCCUCGGCCAUGCAGCCCGCCUGCAGCGCGUCGGGAGCCGGGUCUUUUGUGAACGUGAGCAACCUGGGAGGCUUCGGGGGCGGCGGCGGCGGCGCGCAGCCCUUGCAUCAGGGAGCCGCCGCCGGGGCCGCGUGUGCACAGGGCACCUUGCAGGGCAUCCGGGCCUGGUAGGGACAGCUUGGCGCCACGGGAUGCAGCUCGAGAAAGGCCAGAGCCCACGGCCUGGUCGCCUCGUUAAAAAAAAAAAAAAAAUUCACGUCUUGCUCCCCAGAGCUUUGGAUUUCAUAUCACUCGAGGCCGGGAAGGGGGUGAAGGGACGAAGGGCAUGCCCAGGUCCAGUUGCCAAGAUUGACUACUGAGUCGGAAACGCUGACCAGGCGCCUGAGAGGAUGGUGGCCCCAGCCCUGGGGACCCCAGGGGAGGGCAGGAGACUGGAACUCGGCUGCCGCUUGUUUUCCGGGAGUGUGAAGGCUUCUUGCCCUCGGCUUUCCUGUGGUCCCCGCGAAGCGUUGGUGGGAAACCCGGACCAAAAGUGAAAAAGAAAAGAAAGAAGAAAUAAAGGUGGGAAACCUGGACCAAAAACGAAAAAGAAAAAAAGAAAAGAAAGGCAAGAAGAAGAAAAUAGGGCUGGCGGCUUGAGAAACCCAAGCUCUCCAGGGAUCCCCGGACCCCUCCGCGGGGCUCCGGAGCGCCACACCACAGUUGAUUUUCAUUACCCCCACCACCCCCCGUGACGACUUCAGCCCGGGUCUCCGGAUUGUCAGUGAAGGGCUCUGCAAAGAAAAACAGCCCCAGUGAAAUUCAAAGUCGGGGGUGUGGGGGAGGCUACGCUGCGCUAACCCAAGACCUGGUGGCCCACCGGAGGUGUUCCCAGGUUUCCUUUCUGUUUCAUAUUCUGUACUGUGCACAUACUAUCUAUCUAUAUAUAACUAUAACCACACGCCGUGUACACACCCGAUGCCAUACACUACAGGAGUCAAUAAACAAGGUGCAAUAUUUCCAAA